AUGGAGGGAGUUGGUGUCACCAUAUUGGUCACCGUUCAGAAGAUCUACUACCCGCUCCUUUGCAUCAUGGGCAUUCCAGCAAACCUUUUCACCUUCUACAUGAUCUGCUUCCGUAAAUGCGGAAUGUCUGACACAGCCGUGGUGUACCUCAGCUGCCUCGCUAUAGUGGACACCUUCUACCUGCUGUGGGUGAUCCUCAUUGACCUGACCCUCACCUUUUGGCUGCUGCAGCCCUUCUGGCACUCCUACCCGUGGUGUGGCAUUCUGGGCUUCCUGCAGUACGGCUCUCUCUACAGUUCCUCGUGGAUUGUGGUGGUAUUCACCAUUGAGCGCUACCUGGUCCUUCGCAGCACGGAGGCCAAGCAGCACUUCUCCCAGACGAGGGUCACUAAGCUUACUUGCCUGGCUAUCGUCGUGGCAUCUCACCUGGUGUCGGUGCCGCUCGGAUGGAUCAACGUUGUGGAGUCCGUCAACAUUUCAGUGGAUGGAGAAAACGUGACACUGCCUCGAUGUCAAUACCAGGAUGAAAUCUAUUCCACUAUCAUUGUGUGGAUAACUACCUUUCUCUCAGGAGGUAUCCCCAUAGUGCUUGUCAUCAUCUUCAAUUAUCUCAUCGGGCUUCAUCUGUGCCGCGCCAGUAACCUUUUCACCAAAGAGGAGCGCCGUGUCAUGCACGGACGCAGCACUAGGGGCAUGUUGAGAAGGACCAUCCUCCUGCUAGGGACAGUCUCUGUGGCAUUUGUAGUGCUCAGCCUGCCUCGCUUUGUCACAUACUGCAUCCUCAGGACCCAGUACAACACAAAACAAUUUAAUAGAAACGACUACACAAUCCCCAUUAAUGUCGCUGGCGACCUGGCUAAUAUGCUCCAGAAUCUAAACUCCACCACAAACUUUUUGCUCUACUGCAUGGUCAGCGGCCGCUUCCGACAGGAGUUGCUUCGCGUGGUGACUUGUAAAACUGUGACGAGAGAAGCCUCCUCCUUUCUCACACAUACCAUGAAAGUCUUUUCAGUGUCAGAGCAGAGGGCCACAUCAUCACAUAACCGUGAAGAUUACCAGGCCCAGACCAGUCAAGUUGAGGAAAUAGACAUGUGUAAAUAA